AACCCAUGAUGGACCGAAAAACCAGCACAAAGCCGAAGUCAGGGGGGAAACGUCUUACCAGGCGGGAAUGGGGACUGCUUUUCGACGACGUAAAGAGAUUGGACCUAUCGGAUCUGACGAAAGUCGAAGAUUUGAAGGGGGAGUUGGCCAAUGCCUUUCUAAAGUAUCCAACGCAUACACUCGAUGAUCUCUUCAGGUUGGACCCGAAGUAUGGGCAGCAGGAUCAUCUGGAAUUCCCUGUUAAACAGGUGCUUGACAUUCAUCCGGAUAGGGUUUCCCAGCGGAUUGCUUUGGAAGAUGAGAACCAUUUUCUGGUUGAGACAUCUCUCAAGUCCCCAUUCACCGCUCGAAUCAUUGGGGUCUGUUCACCUGGGCAUCCCAUAUUUUCUUCCCAAGACGACACAGGUCGUACACCUCUCGACGUGGCUGUCAUGGUGGUGGAUGAACAAAACGAUUCCACAGGGAGAAUUGCCACACCGUCAUCUGCUGCUAGUUCGGCUGCUGCAACAACAUCGUCCGAAGAUUCUCAUAUGGCUCAAAGGCUGCCUUUCUUUUCUUCCUACGACACGGUUCGCCACCUCAUUGCCCGAUGCCCGGAGACUCUUUUAUUAAAGAAUCUCUACGGCAACACACCAUACAGACAGCGAAUCUUGUUGCUUCAGGAUCUUGAAGGGGCACAAGACAAAUCUAGUGACCAAUCCAACCUCGACAAGGGGAGGAAACAUCCUCAUAACUUGAGCGAAGUCUCUAUGGACGACCCUAUGCUUUCCUAUAUCCGCACCUACGUCAUCAGGAAUUUCAAUCACGAUGAGAUAAGCCGGGUACUGUACUUACCCGGUGAAGGUAGGAUCCAACGCAAGCCCGAAACCACCGAGGUGAAAUGUGAGUUUAACAAGGAGGCAGAGCGCCAAAUCGAGUUCACGAUGAUAGGAGGACCGGAAAUAAUCCCAGAGGGCUUCCUUGGGCAGUUGGAGAGGUAUCUAGCAUUCGAGUCCACACUGAGAUCCGUCAUUCUGCCGAAGUUCAAGUUCGAAUCGUUGCAGCAGGCCAGUAAUGACGUCGGCAGAGAUGCAGUCCGGAUGUUCUCCUGGCUGCGGAAGAGAGGUGUUCGGAAGAUCCUUGAGAUUGUGGUGAUUGACUCCGAGGAGUCUUCCCAUAGCGACGAGAGUAUUCAAAAUGCGCUUGAGGGAUUCGAGGUAGAGAUCUGGGAUUGGAGGAGAAGCGAUAUCACAAGCAGCGUGAUUGCUAGCUCGAGUAGCGUCGUCAAGGACUUGACAUUAUACUUUUCGGGCAACGAAACCAUUCUGGAAGACUGGUGUGGAAGUGGAGGCUUUGCAAACGAGAUCCUCUUUCCGGAGCUGCGGCGAAUAACCAUCAAAGGCGAUGCGAAAUUCCAAGGCAUAAUGGCCGUUGGUAGACUCUCCGAUGUUGUCAAAAAAGCCAAACGAGAGGUAUUGGUAACAUUCGACGGCCAUGCCAUGACAGAACAAUCAGACCAAUUUGAACGGGAAAUAGAUCGUCUCGAUGGCAAGAUUGCCGUUGGAAAGUCUUUUAGUUCGAAUGCCAACUCGGGUAACCUAAUGAAUCCGUGGUUUAUUUCGUCGAGCAACCGUGGGACAUAUAUGGCAAUGCUCAUCUGCAGGGUGUGUCCUAUGGUUCAACUAUAUGUUGCAAGGCUCCACGAACAACAGACUGCAGAAAGCUAUCAAGGACACAUGACUGCUAAAUCAGCUGCCAAGGCGAUUGAAUGGGCUACAGAUUGCGGCGUUGAUAUUAUUUCUAUGAGUUGGGUAAUCAAGAUGCCUAGUCAAGGCGGCACCGAGCUACGCGACUUCGAACGUGCCGUCGUGAUGGCAAAAGAGCAACGUAUCAUUAUGUUCUGCUCAAGUAACGAUCAGAGUAGUCCGACUGACGGUUACGAAUACCUCAGCGACGACAUUAUCGAGAUCGCCAGUGCGACUAACGCGGGUGACCCAACAAACAGGCUACAUAAAGACACAGCCCAUUUCCUCCUGCCGGGGGAGAACGUGCCCUUCUCUAACAACGAGGGAAAGAUAGUGUCGCAUGAAUCGGGGAGCGGCAUCGCUACAGCUGCAGCUUCUGGGCUCGCCGCCCUCUUGAUCUUUUCGAGCUGGCUACUGGAUGAGAAUGAUAUGGACUUGACAGGCUGUAGAGGCAUGACGAACGCAUUUGAUAACCUUACGAGGGGUAAUAAGUAUCCUCUUGUGGAUAACUUGGGAUGA